AUGGCCAGGACAGAUCUUGAAGGAGACCUGGAUAUUGAGGAGGAUGCCUUGAUAAAAGUUAAAGAAGAUACUCAAAUUUUGGGUCAAUUUACCGAGUACGAAAGUGAGGACCUUACUAGGAGUGAUGUUGCAGAAGAUGGAAAGGAUAUAAAUGGAGAAAAGCAUUCAGAAUCAGAGACUAAAGAUUUAUUGGAACUCACUCAGGUUCUAAAAGAAAAAAAUGCAGAAAUUGGAUUGCUGGAAGCUAAACUUGAUGAUGUAACCGAUCAGCUGGAUAAAUGUACAAAAAUAAUUGAUAGUCUAAAGGGGACAGAUAAGAAAAAAUUCUAUAGGAGUGAUGGAAAAUUAGUUAGAGAAAUGGCCAGAACUGAUCUUAAAGGAGAUUUGGAUAUUGAAGAGGAUGCUUUGAUGAAAGUACAAGAAAUAAUUUCUUUGGGACAACCUUCUGAUUACGAGAGUGAAGAAGUCGUAUGGAGUGAUGCAGUAGUAGAAGACACUUUGCAUCGAAGAAAAACAAAAAUUGAAGAAAAACAUAUUUUGCAAUUGGUUAGAGACGUAAAUCGGUUGCAGAAACAGUGUUCGGAUGUAGAAACAGAAAAUAUUGCUUUAAGACAAGAACUUGGUCUUCCACUGCAGUCAGAGAAUAUUAAGAAUAAUAUUCUCAUCGAUAUCCAGAAAAAGGAUAAAACAAUAGAAAAAUUGCAAAAAAUUGCAGACAUUUUUGAGGACUAUAAAACUCAAUACAAUAUUGAAUCUGUACAACUGAAUGCUAAAAUUGAUGAACUGAAGAAAAAAUUAGAAAACUCUGAAGGAAAAGUUUAUGAGGAGUACCAGGGACAAAAUGUUCAUUUUCAAGAACAAGGUGGAGGUGAUGGAAUGCAUAAUAAUGUUUUUCAAGAUUACGAAAUGCGCCACAAACAAGUUAUAGAAGAAAAUGAAGCUCUUAGAAGAGGAAUGCAUGAAAUUCUUCAAAGUAUACAAGAGCAGAAUGAACAAAGCAGUUUCCAAAUUAAAAGCGAUACUUUGGAAAAAUUAUUACAAGCUCUGGACGCUCGUCAUGUUGCAGGAUGGUAUCAUCCAGCUAUGAGAAUGCAGGCGGAAAUCCACAGAUUGGAGGCGAUCAAUAACGAACUCAGAGAAAAUUUGGCUCAUUCUAGACAAGAAAUAAAACAGUCAAUAAAAGAGCUACAGAUAGAAACUCUAAAAUAUCAACUAUUAGAAGAAAAACUAAAAUCUGUUGAAGACAAACCAAUUCAAACAACUCCAAAAGCACAAACUCCACAAGAAGUUAUUGAGCCAAUUGGCAAAACCGAUGUUGAAUUCCAAGAAAAAAUUAAUGAAAUCGAAAGCCAUAAAAAGAAUAUCGAAUUAUUGAAUGAAUCUUUAGCAAAUUUACAGACUGAAAAAGAAAAUCUUUUGUUUAGGAUAACAGAGUAUGAAAAACAUUUGGAUAAUUUAUUAGAUAGUGAUGAAGAUAUUGAUCGUGUAUUGGCUGAAAGUGCCAAAAGAAACGUUAAAUUUACUUCAGAAAUUGUAGUGUUAUCAAGAAAGAUAGAUUAUUUAGAGCAAAAUGAAAAUGUUUUAAGAGAUCAAUUAAACAAAAUCAAUGAGGAAAAGUCUGCAAUAGAAAUCAAACUUCGGAAAACUAUAUGUGAAUUGAAUAACACAAUAGAGCUAAAUGCACAAAAAAUCAAAAAAUUAGAACAAGCUCUCAAAGAACAUGUUGCUCCAGAUAUUCUCAAAAAAACUGAAGAGGAACUUCUUAGUGUAUCCGAAAAGUAUAGAUUGAGUUUGGAACAAGAAGAGGAAGUUAGGAAUUUUAAGAACAAAGAAAUUAUGUUUUUGAAAACUGAGCUGGAUGGUUUUAGAGAUGUUAAAGAGUCUUUGGACGUGUUGACUAAAAGUAGUUCUAGAAGUGAAGAUAUGUCAGACGAAAUAUCAGAAAUGCAUCUCAAAUUGGAAAUCCAGGUGAAACGAGCAGAUCAUGCAGAAAACUUGAUGGAAACAAUAAAAUAUCAGUUGGAAAAUGAAGAGAGAAAAAAUCAUGAAUUAAAUGAGAAAUAUAAUGAACUUAAAAAGUCACACAUAGAAUUACAAGCUGGUGAAAGAAAUUUAAGACAACAGUUAAUGGAUACUUCUCAUGCCUUGAAUGACUAUAAACACUUGGAAGCCAAAUUCAAUACUGCAAAUGACGAGUUGGAAAAAGUGAAAAUUGAAAAAUCACAUCUUCAGGAAUUGUAUAAUGCUCUUCAAGAUGAGACAAAGUACAAACAACAUUCAGCAUCUCGCAACGAUGAAGAACUUCUAUCUCUGCGCCAUCAAAUUCUGGACUUGCAAUCCCACACCGAAAGUAACCACAUAAUUGCUAGAACUUCUAGAGAUCUUAUGCUGAUGAGAAUAUCUGAAUCUGAAUUGCAAACAACGAUAACUAAACUUCGAAUGGAACUGGAUGAUACGAUUUAUAAAAAUCGAGAACUACAAAACGCUUUGGAUAAAGAGAUUGCCAACAGCAAGAGAGUCGAAGAUAAUUGCCAAAUAAGAACAAGUCUUUUAAAGGAAGCCUUACGCAGUGUCAUCCGCCAAUUUUGUGGCAGCGUUCCACUAAACUCUUACUCAAGAUAUAUAAAUGAAAUUCGUGAAGUUCAUAAAAUGAAAAUCAUUUUGAAACGCGAAGAAUCGAUAUUGCAAGAAAAAGUCCAGGAAUUUGAUUUGUUGGAAAAGGAAUAUCAGAAGAAAAUUGAAUUGUUGGGCAAAACUAAUGGCCAUCGUGAUAGCGAUGAACUGAAACUAAAGGAAUUAAAGUAUCGAAGAAAGUCCGAAUUAUUGGUAGAGCAAUUGAGGACAAACAUUGAACGGCAAUCAAGACUAGAAACUACAACUUUGCAAUUGGAAGAAGAAUUAUUGAUCAGCAAAAAUAUUUGCGAGCAGAUAAGAAUAUUAUUUGUUGAUGCUGAUUAUGCAGAUACUGAUUGCCAAACUGAAAUGCGAGAAACUGAACAUAAAGCCAUCCAGAAAAAUCGUUCACGUACACCAACCAGUUCAUCUACAUCAUCAGCCCAGACUGUACGUUCUGAAAAUGGACAACCCCGUAACAAUGGUCCUGAUAAUACACAAUAUUCUGAGAAUGGUCAAUCUCAUGAAAAUGGUCUCACUCUUGAUAAAGACCAAUUUCUAAAAAAUAAUGCAUCUGUCGAUAAAGAAUCAGAAUUAAUACCAGUCAGAGAAGAUUCUCCUAGAAGUGUGAAAUCAAUCAGAACUGGUUCAGCCAGAUCGGCAUCAGCAAAAUCGGAGGCUCAGAUAAAAAUAUCGCCUCAGGAGUCUGCAAGGGUAGAAAAGAUGAUUGAAGAAGGUGAUGAUCACCAAAUUAGUCAAAUAAGAAGGGAUAGUGUCCACAAAUUGCAGUUGCAGUUGGCUCAGGCUAUUGGAUUGGCAUCAGAUAGAUCAGUUUCGCUGAUGCAGUGCGAGCUGAGGGUUACGGAAUUACAGGAGAAGAUAAAACUUCUGACAGAGCAAUUAUCACAAAAGGACGAGCUGUUACUAUCAAAUAAAAUAGCAAUUAAUGAAUUGCAACUGAAAAGUUUAUCAAGUCAAGCUGAUACUUCAGAAAUAGCUACUUUGAGAGCUACUGUUACCAGUCUCCAAAACAUUGUGAGCCAGAAAGAAGAUUCCUUAAUCCGUUAUCAAGAUAUUUUGAAAAAUGAUCGAGAUGAACAUUGCAAAGCUGCUGCCCGAUUUCAAGAAGAAAUCAAACAUUUGCAGAACUCUCUCAGCAACCAGAAACAAGCAUAUAACACGUGA